CAAAUAUAUGAUAAUUUAGAUAUUGAUUAUAAUAUGAAAAAAAUUUUGAGUGAAAGUAAAGAUCCAUUAUUUUGGGUUCCUUAUAAUGAGUUUGGAAACAUUGAAAUUAAAGGGAAAGGCAGAUUUGCGACAGUAUAUUAUGCUAUGUGGCAUAAUAAGUACCAAAACCUUCACCAAAAUGUUGCGCUUAAGUUGCUCCAUAAUUCAAAAGAUUAUAAUGAUGAGUUUAUGAAAGAGUUAAAAGCAUAUUGUGAUAUUGGCAGUAAAAAUCCAUCAUUUUUAAGGUGUUUUGGAAUAUCAAAAGAGGAUACUUCUGGUGAUUAUAUCCUCGUUGUGGCACAAAUGGAAUGGAGAAAUAAAUUGACUUUAUUGCAUUGUAUUGCUUCUGAUCUUCAACUAAUUCAUUCUCAAGAACUUAUUCAUCGAGAUUUGCAUAGCGACUUAGGACUUGCGAUGUCAACGUGCAUAGCAUUAAAGUCAGAACGCCUUGGAGUUUACGGAAUUUUACCAUAUAUAGCACCGGAAGUUUUAGACAAAAGACAAUAUACAACAGCAUCAGAUAUUUAUUCGCUUGGAAUAAUUAUGUGGGAAAUUUUGUAUGGAAAUUCUGCAUCUUAUAAUCAAGAAUUUGAAAUACAACUUCAAAUAGAAAUAUGUCAUAAUGAUUUGAGACCGGUAGUUAUUGAGAACACACCACAAUGUUAUGUAAAUCUAAUGAAGAAAUGUUGGGAAAGAGAUCCAAUAAACCGCCCAUCAGCAAUAGAAAUUUGUAAAGUCCUUGUAGAAUGGCAAAAUGAUGAAAAUAUUUUAUUAGAAUUAAAUAAGUCAGAUGAAAUAUUAAAAAAUAUUAAUAACACACAUAUACAAUCAUAUCCUGAUGAUACUUAUAAAAGUGAAAUUAUUAAAAGCACAAAUCUACAAACACACCCUGAUAACAUUUAUGGCAGUAAAUUGAUUAAAUUCACUGCAUCUUUGCCAAGGUAA